GAAAGCUUCACUCUUCGUCAAAAUGGCGUCAAAGAUCGCGAUAAGAUUAACUUCCUAGUUUAUUUUAUAUCAUUUAUGAUUUUUGUGAAAUCAUUUCGUGAAAUGGGCGUGUUUAUUGAAUUUGAUUUUCGGAAUAGAGUAUCUGGGUUACGGUCAGGUAUGCCGAAUGCCCUUGAAUUAGAAAAUGCGAUUUUUCUUGAUGAAUCUUUGAUUUUUUUGUUUAAACUUGCUAUCUGAAGUUGCUUAUAUAUAAUAAAUCAUUGAUUCAGGAUGAGAAGCGUGCCGAUUCCUAUCGAUAUGCUACUCAACCACAAUCCGAGAAUGAUAACGGCCACGCCAAGAAGGAUAUGCGUAAGAAGAAGAAGAAGAAGAAGGAAGAUCUGGAUGAUUUGAAGCAGGAGUUGGAAAUGGACGAACAUCAAGUUCCAAUUGAAGAGUUGUUCGAAAGAUACCAAACCAAUCCGAAAACUGGAUUGACUCCUGAAAAAGCUAGACAAAUCUUGGAGCGUGAUGGGCCGAAUGAGUUAACACCACCUAAGACUACGCCUGAGUGGGUAAAAUUUUGCAAACAAUUGUUUGGCGGUUUCUCUAUGCUGCUUUGGAUCGGAGCUAUUCUAUGCUUUGUAGCGUACUCGAUCCAAGCUUCGACUUCUGAAGACCCACCAGGCGAUAACUUAUACCUUGGAAUUGUACUGACAGCUGUUGUAGUUGUCACAGGAUGUUUUUCUUAUUAUCAGGAGGCAAAAUCUUCAAGAAUCAUGGACUCAUUCAAAAAUAUGGUUCCCCAGUAUGCUAUUGUUGUCCGUAACGGUGAAUCGCUUAAUGUACAUGCGGAAGAACUGGUUGUUGGUGAUAUUAUCGAAGUAAAGUUUGGUGAUCGCGUACCGGCCGAUAUUAGAAUUAUUUCCGCACAUGGAUUCAAAGUUGAUAACUCUUCUUUGACUGGUGAAUCGGAACCACAAUCAAGAUCUGCCGACUGCACAAGUGAAAAUCCAUUGGAAACAAGAAAUUUGGCUUUCUUUUCUACUAAUGCUGUGGAAGGAACUGCUCGUGGACUCAUUGUACAAACUGGUGAUAGAACUGUUAUGGGUAGAAUUGCUAACUUGGCUUCAGGUUUGGAGAUGGGAGAGACUCCAAUUGCAAAAGAAAUUGCACAUUUUAUCCAUAUUAUCACCGCUGUAGCUGUCUUUUUGGGAGUUUCGUUUUUCAUCAUCGCUCGUAUCCUUGGAUACAGCUGGCUAGAGGCUGUUAUAUUUUUGAUCGGUAUUAUCGUAGCUAACGUACCUGAAGGGCUGCUAGCUACUGUAACCGUUUGUUUGACUCUGACGGCUAAGAGAAUGGCUAGCAAGAAUUGUCUCGUUAAAAACUUGGAAGCCGUGGAAACUUUGGGAUCUACAUCAACAAUCUGUUCCGAUAAGACCGGUACAUUAACCCAAAAUAGAAUGACCGUCGCACACAUGUGGUUUGACAACAAAAUUGUUUCAUCUGAUACGUCCGAAGAACAGAGUAAUGGAUCUUACAAUACUGAUUCUCCCACGUGGAUGGCCUUGGCUAGAGUUGCUAUGUUAUGUAACAGAGCAAAUUUCAAACCUGGUCAAGAUGAUAUUCCUGUUCUAAAACGAGAAUGUAAUGGUGAUGCUUCAGAAUCGGCCUUGUUAAAAUGCGUUGAGUUAUCUAUUGGACAAGUAUCUCAAUAUAGAGAAAAAAACAAAAAAAUCUGUGAAAUCCCAUUCAAUUCGACUAAUAAAUAUCAAGUUUCUAUUCACGAAACUGAUAAUCCUGAGGACAGACGCUACUUAGUUGUUAUGAAAGGUGCACCUGAAAGAAUUCUCGAUAGAUGUAGCACUAUUUUUAUCAAUAAUGAGGAAAAACCUUUAACUGACGAGUGGCGAGAAUCAUUUAAUCAAGCAUAUUUGGAAUUGGGAGGUCUCGGUGAAAGAGUCUUGGGAUUCUGCGACUACUUUUUGCCCCUUGACCAAUAUCCUGAAGGCUAUAAAUUUGAUUCUGAUGAAGAAAAUUUCCCCCUUACUGGUCUAAGAUUUGUCGGUCUAAUGUCUAUGAUUGAUCCCCCAAGAGCCGCUGUUCCUGAUGCUGUAGCAAAAUGUAGAUCAGCCGGUAUUAAAGUUAUUAUGGUAACCGGAGAUCAUCCUAUCACUGCCAAAGCUAUUGCAAGAGGUGUUGGUAUCAUUUCUGAAGGAAAAGAAACUGUUGAAGAUAUUGCUGAGCGUCUUCAUGUUACUGUCGGCGAGGUUAAUCCUAGAGAUGCUGAAGCAUGUGUCGUACACGGUUCUGACCUAAGAGAUAUGGUUCCCGCCCAAAUUGAUGAAAUCUUACAAAAUCAUUCUGAAAUCGUAUUUGCUAGAACUUCACCCCAACAAAAACUUAUUAUUGUUGAAGGUUGUCAAAGACAGGGACAAAUUGUAGCUGUUACCGGUGAUGGAGUUAAUGAUUCUCCAGCUUUGAAGAAGGCUGACAUUGGUGUUGCUAUGGGCAUUGCCGGUUCAGACGUUUCAAAGCAAGCUGCCGAUAUGAUUCUCUUAGACGAUAAUUUUGCUUCAAUUGUCACUGGCGUGGAAGAAGGCCGUUUGAUUUUUGAUAAUUUAAAGAAGAGUAUCGCCUACACUCUGACGUCUAAUAUUCCUGAAAUUUCACCCUUUCUUAUGUUUAUCUUAUUAGAUAUUCCACUACCCCUUGGAACAAUCACCAUUUUGUGUAUCGAUUUGGGUACUGAUUUGGUUCCCGCUAUCUCAUUGGCAUACGAACAAGCUGAAUCUGACAUCAUGAAAAGAAAGCCGCGUGACCCCGUUAACGAUAAGUUGGUAAAUUAUAGAUUGAUCAGUAUGGCCUAUGGUCAAAUCGGUAUGAUGCAAGCUGCUGCUGGUUUUUUCGUAUAUUUUGUAAUCCUUUGCGAAAUGGGAUUCUGGCCAACCAGAUUAUUUGGCAUUCGUGAAGAAUGGGAUUCAAGAGCCAUUAACAACCUGGAAGAUUCUUACGGUCAACAGUGGACUUAUGCACAGAGAAAAGUUAUUGAGUUUACAUGUCAUACCAGCUUUUUCGUGUCAAUUGUUAUAGUACAAUGGGCAGAUCUGUGUAUCUGUAAGACUAGAAGAAAUUCCAUUGUUCACCAGGGUAUGUUUAAUAAGCACUUAACCUUUGGUUUGUUCUUUGAAACGACUCUGGCUGCUUUCUUGGCCUAUUGUCCCGGUUUGGACAAGGGCUUAAGAAUGUACCCUCUCAGAUGGACAUGGUGGAUACCUCCACUUCCCUUCUCUCUCUUAAUUUUCAUUUAUGAUGAAGUUCGUAAGUACUUGCUCCGCAAGUUUCCAAAAAGUUGGAUAGAAGAGGAGACCUAUUACUAGAAAGUCAUCAAACGAAAAUCUUUCUUCGAAAUUAAUAUUGUAUUAGUGUUUUAUUUCUGUAAUAACACAAAACGUGUUUUUUGGUCAGUUAACGCUUUUAAUUUUUAGGUAAAAUGUCUACUGUUAUAUUUUUUUUUGGCUUGUGCUUUCCAGCAGCUAAAGUAGAUUUUUUGUUAUUUUGGCAAUAAAUUUUAUUUUAUCCUUAAUAAAGCACCAAUACAUUUGAUCUUAAUAAA